GAAGAGGAGAGGCGCUUAGAAGCUGGUGUGGGAGACCACGAAUGUCCCACCAGCCUUUCCAGCUGACCAGACAAGUUUAGAGAGAGAGAAAGAGAGAGAGAACAGUAGAGGGAGAAAGAUAUUGAGCGAACGAGCUUAGAGAGAGAGAAAUUCGAAGGUUAUAUUUGAUUUCGUAUUUAUAAACUCUACGACUUUCAGUACUCGGGGGAGAGAGAAAGAGAGGAAAAAACAAUUCUGAAAUAGAAAGAAAGGGGAAAAAUUUCCGCUUCGUAAAUUACCUCGAUCUUCUUGAAACAGCCGCGGAGAUUCCGAAGCUAUAAUUCUCUUGUCCCCGAUCCGAGUUACUGAAUUUCAGUCUACCUUGCCUGUUCAUCAGUUAUCCUUUCGGAUGUGUUAGAGAAGGAGAUCGAAUCCUUAAAGUCGUCAAUGGCAGCACCAGUUAAUAUUGUUGUUGGUUCUCAUGUAUGGGUUGAAGAUCCUGUAUUGGCUUGGAUUGAUGGAGAAGUUUCACGAAUCAAUGGUCAUGAGAUUCAUAUUACCACUACAAAUGGGAAAAAGGUUGUUGCCAAUAUAUCUAAAGUGUUUCCAAAGGAUACAGAGGCUCCACCUGGAGGGGUAGAUGAUAUGACAAAGCUUUCAUAUUUGCAUGAGCCUGGUGUCCUUCAAAACUUGGCUACUAGAUAUGAACUUAAUGAAAUCUAUACAUACACUGGCAACAUACUAAUUGCAAUAAAUCCAUUUCAAAGAUUACCUCAUCUUUAUGAUACUCAUAUGAUGGAACAAUAUAAAGGAGCAGCAUUUGGGGAACUAAGCCCUCACGUUUUUGCUGUUGCAGAUGUUGCAUACAGGGCAAUGAUCAAUGAAGGGAAGAGCAACUCUAUUUUGGUUAGUGGAGAAAGUGGUGCUGGUAAAACUGAGACCACAAAGAUGCUUAUGAGAUAUCUUGCAUACUUGGGUGGGCGAUCUGGAAUAGAAGGAAGAACUGUUGAACAACAAGUUCUUGAAUCAAACCCAGUUUUGGAAGCAUUUGGCAAUGCUAAAACUGUUAGGAAUAACAACUCAAGUCGUUUUGGUAAAUUUGUUGAGAUACAAUUUGACAAGAAUGGGAGAAUUUCUGGGGCAGCCAUUAGAACCUAUCUUCUUGAAAGAUCCCGUGUUUGCCAAAUAUCAGAUCCUGAGAGAAACUACCAUUGCUUUUACAUGCUUUGUGCAGCACCACCUGAGGAUACAGAGAAAUAUAAAUUGGGAAGCCCUAAAUCGUUCCAUUACUUGAAUCAAUCCAAUUGCUAUGUGUUGGAUGGAGUAAAUGAUGCCCAUGAAUAUCUAGCAACUAGAAGGGCUAUGGACAUUGUUGGAAUUAGCGAGCAAGAACAGGAGGCAAUUUUUAGGGUUGUGGCAGCAAUUCUUCACCUUGGUAAUAUCAAUUUUGCUAAAGGAAAGGAGAUUGAUUCCUCUGUUGUGAAGGAUGAAAAGUCUAGAUUCCAUCUUAAAAUGACAGCUGAACUUCUGAAGUGUGAUGCCCAGAGCUUGGAGGAUGCUCUUAUAAAGCGUGUCAUGGUGACACCUGAAGAAGUUAUUACAAGAACUCUUGAUCCUGUGGCUGCAUUGGGUAGCAGAGAUGCUUUAGCUAAAACAAUAUAUUCACGUCUAUUUGAUUGGAUUGUGGAGAAAAUCAACAUUUCGAUUGGGCAGGAUCCAAACUCAAAGUCAUUAAUUGGAGUUCUUGAUAUUUAUGGUUUUGAAAGUUUUAAGUGCAAUAGUUUCGAGCAGUUCUGUAUCAACUUUACAAAUGAGAAGCUACAACAACAUUUCAACCAGCAUGUCUUUAAAAUGGAACAAGAAGAAUACACCAAGGAGGAAAUCAAUUGGAGCUACAUAGAGUUUGUUGAUAACCAAGAUGUUUUGGAUCUGAUUGAGAAGAAACCUGGAGGGAUAAUAGCACUUCUAGAUGAAGCUUGCAUGUUUCCUAAGUCUACACAUGAAACAUUUGCCCAAAAGUUGUACCAGACAUUUAAGAAUAACAAGCGUUUUAUCAAGCCAAAGCUUUCUCGUACUGGUUUCACCAUAAGUCAUUAUGCAGGAGAGGUAGCAUAUCAAGCUGAUUAUUUUCUUGAAAAAAACCGAGAUUAUGUGGUGGCAGAACAUCAAGAUUUAUUGACUGCUUCAAAGUGCUCAUUUGUGGCGGCUUUAUUUCCUCCACUUCCAGAGGAAUCAUCAAAAUCAUCUAAGUUUUCUUCCAUUGGAUCACGAUUCAAGCUACAACUUCAAUCCUUGAUGGAAACCUUGAGUUCAACAGAACCUCACUACAUCAGAUGUGUAAAGCCAAAUAAUGUCCUCAAACCUGCUAUUUUUGAGAACUUCAACAUCAUCCAACAAUUACGUUGUGGUGGUGUUCUUGAAGCAAUUAGGAUAAGCUGUGCUGGAUAUCCUACUAGAAGGACAUUCUAUGAAUUUCUUCAUCGUUUCGGUGUUCUUGCUCCAGAAGUUUUGGAAGGAAAUUAUGAUGACAAGGUUGCAUGCCAAAUGAUACUAGAGAAAAAAGGAUUGAAAGGUUAUCAGUUAGGCAAGACAAAGGUGUUCCUGAGAGCUGGUCAGAUGGCUGAAUUGGAUGCACGAAGAGCAGAGGUGCUUGGAAAUGCAGCCAGAACUAUUCAAAGACAAAUUCGUACAUAUAUUGCUCGGAAAGAGUUCAUCUCCUUAAGGAAAGCUGCUAUUCAUUUGCAAUCUCAUUGGCGAGGUAAAAUGGCCUGUAAACUGUAUGAACAGUUGAGACGUGAAGCAGCUGCUGUGAAGAUACAGAAGAAUUUCCGUUGGUAUAUUGCCAGGAAGUCCUUCAUAAGACUACGAUUGUCUGCAAUUACAUUGCAGACAGGCUUAAGGGCAAUGACUGCACGGGAUGAAUUCAGAUUACGCAAGCAAAUUAAGGCUGCUAUAAUUAUCCAGGCUUACUGGCGUUGCCACAGAGAUCAUUCAUACUACAGGAGUCUUCAGAAGGCAGCUCUCAUUUCUCAAUGUGGUUGGAGACGAAGAGUUGCUAGGAGAGAGCUCAGGAAGCUCAGAAUGGCUGCAAGAGAAACAGGGGCCUUAAAAGAAGCGAAAGACAAACUAGAAAAACGUGUGGAGGAACUUACAUGGCGCUUGCAGUUUGAGAAGCGAUUAAGGACUGAUCUAGAGGAGGCAAAGGCCCUUGAAAUUUCAAAGCUACAGGAUGCUUUGGAUGCCAUGCAAAUACAAGUAGAAGAGGCAAAUGCCAAGGUUAUCAAAGAACGAGAGGCAGCUCGGAAAGCUAUUGAAGAAGCACCUCCAGUCAUUAAGGAGACACCAGUAAUAAUUCAAGAUACAGAGAAGGUUGAUGCAUUAACUGCUGAAGUUGAAAAGCUAAAGGCUUUGUUGACAUCAGAAAGGAAGACAGCAGAGGAGGCCAAGCAAGCCUAUGCUGAUGCUCAGGCUAAAAAUGUUGAGCUGACCAAGAAGCUUGAAGAUGCAGAGGGAAAAGUGGAUCAACUUCGAGAUUCUGUCCAGAGGUUUGAAGAGAAACUUUCUAAUAUAGAGUCAGAGAAUCAAGUACUUCGUCAACAAGCACUGGCCUUUUCACCAACUGGAAAAGCAUUAUCGGCAAGGCAGAAAACAACCAUUAUUCAGAGGACUCCAGAGAAUGGACAUAUUCUAAAUGGAGAAACAAGGGUUGCAUCAGAUUUGAGUCUUGCUGUAUCGAAUCCACGGGAACCUGAAACUGAGGAAAAGCCACAGAAAUCACUUAAUGAGAAGCAGCAGGAGAAUCAGGACCUGUUGAUUAGAUGUAUUUCACAAGAUUUGGGAUUCUCUGGUGGAAGGCCUGUUUCUGCUUGUGUCAUAUACAAGUGCCUCCUUCAUUGGAGAUCAUUUGAAGUUGAAAGAACGAGUGUGUUUGACCGUAUUAUUCAGACAAUUGGCUCAGCUAUUGAGGCCCAGGAUAACAAUGAUGUACUAUCAUACUGGUUAUCUAAUUCAUCAACAUUGCUGUUGCUCCUCCAACGCACACUUAAAGCAAGUGGUGCAGCUAGCUUCACACCACAAAGGCGGAGAUCAACAUCAGCUUCUUUGUUUGGUAGGAUGUCUCAGGGUCUUCGAGCAUCUCCACAGAGUGGGGGAUUCUCUUUUCUUAAUGGUCGAAUGCUGGGACUGGAUGACUUACGGCAAGUAGAAGCCAAAUAUCCAGCAUUGCUGUUUAAGCAACAACUUACAGCCUUUCUUGAGAAGAUAUAUGGAAUGAUAAGAGAUAAUCUGAAGAAAGAGAUCUCCCCCUUGCUUGGAUUAUGUAUACAGGCACCUAGAACAUCCAGGGCAAGUUUAGUGAAAGGACGUUCUCAGGCAAAUGCAAUUGCUCAGCAAGCUUUAAUUGCUCACUGGCAAAGCAUUGCGAAAAGCCUGAACAGUUACUUGAAGACUUUAAGAGCUAAUUAUGUACCCCCAUUCUUAGUCCGCAAAGUGUUCACUCAAAUAUUCUCUUUCAUAAAUGUUCAGCUAUUUAACAGUCUUCUUUUGCGUCGUGAGUGUUGUUCAUUUAGCAAUGGGGAGUAUGUAAAAGCAGGAUUGGCUGAGUUGGAGCAAUGGUGUUAUAAUGCUACUGAAGAGUAUGCAGGCUCCGCUUGGGAUGAGUUGAAGCAUAUCAGACAGGCUGUUGGCUUCCUGGUCAUACACCAAAAGCCCAAAAAGACCUUGAAUGAGAUAACAAAAGACCUUUGCCCGGUGCUUAGCAUACAACAAUUAUACAGGAUCAGUACAAUGUACUGGGAUGACAAAUAUGGUACACACAGUGUCUCUUCCGAUGUUAUUUCGAGCAUUAGAAUUCUGAUGACGGAGGAUUCAAACAAUGCUGUCAGCAGCUCUUUCUUAUUAGAUGAUGAUUCAAGCAUACCAUUCUCUGUGGAUGACAUCUCUAAAUCAAUGCAACAAGUGGACAUAGCUGAUAUCGAUCCUCCGCCUCUGAUGCGUGAGAACUCAGGUUUUGUGUUCCUAUUACAACGUUCAGAGUGAUCUCCAUGAUCAUGUUGUCCAUGCAUUCUGCAUGUCCAUGAUGCAGUUGCUACAACCUGUGCAUAUGAUUUCAUUUUCUGCAUAUCAAUGUAUAUUUUACACGUCCAUUGAUUGAUUGAUUUUUUUUUUCUUUCCCUCCAUGUCUUGUCGACAAAUGGGGUUUUUGUAUAGCGCCCAUAGCGCUGUGUGAGCAACAUGUAGCAGGGUGCAGCAUGUUGUCACACCAGAUAGGUUCAAGUUUAUUUGUUUGUGGUUAGUCUGUCAGAAUACUUUAAAUGUAAUAUAUGACAGUAGCCGCAUUUUUAGGCAAUUAUUUGUUAAAUGUUAAAGGCUGAAAGUUAUUUGUAUGCAUCUGCUCAUGUAAUAUUCUUUUUAUUUA